AAACUGGGGGGGGGGUGUGGCCAGAGGGUGACCCGGAAGCAGAAGUGACUCCCACAAGCGGAGUGUUAGGAAGCGUCGGCGGCGACCGCAGCGGGAGAAGCAGCAAUUUAUCUGUUUGCAGCCACAAUCUGGGAAGAAGAUGCUAAUUAAAGUGAAGACGCUGACUGGAAAGGAAAUUGAGAUUGAUAUUGAACCCACAGACAAGGUGGAGCGAAUCAAGGAGCGUGUCGAAGAGAAAGAGGGAAUUCCCCCACAACAGCAGCGGCUCAUCUACAGUGGCAAACAGAUGAAUGAUGAGAAGACAGCAGCUGAUUACAAGAUUCUAGGUGGUUCAGUUCUCCACCUGGUGUUGGCUCUGAGAGGAGGAGAUAGUCUCAGGCAGUGACGGACCUUCCUUCCAGUUCACCUCCUUAUGCUGUUGUUCAUAAUGAGGCAUCAUAUAUCCUGUCACUCUCUGGGACACCAGAGCCACUCCCCCCUCCCCUGGAUGCCCAGUUUUGUGUGUGGUGGGAGAAUAUGAGGACCCCAGGAUGCAAUGUUCCUGGCCCAAAGGGCCCCUGCUGGCUAUUGGAUUUUAAUUUGCAGUCCUGUGUGCUUCCCUCUCUUAUGGCUGUGUCCCUAGUUGUCAAUAAAAUUUCCUGGCCUCCUGUAA